AUGUUUGGGGUUCGAUCUUCCAUGGAGAUAUGGCUAAAAUGGGAUUUGUCUAGGGGGGAUGUUGCCUUCUGGUGGGAUAAUUGGAGUGGGCUAGGUCCGUUGGCAUGGAGGUUUCCAGAUUUAGCGUCAAACACUCGGGUUCAGAAUUUUUUGUGUGAGGGCCAAUGGGAUCAUUUAACCUUGGCUACCUUCCCCUCGGAGGUCGCAGAGGCGGCUGCAGAUUCUUUCUUUUGUUUUGGUAAGGUUCCGGAUAGUCUAGUUUGGACCUUAGAACCUUCGGGGGAUUUUUCUACAAAAUUGGCAUAUCAGGUAGUUCGAUCCUCUGGGGUUCAGUCUUGGGCAUUUGCUUCUGUCUGGCAUUCUCUAAUUUCGCCGAAAUUAUCCUUUCUUAUGUGGAGAUUGUUGCACGAGCAGCUGUCGGUGGAUAAUGUGUUAGAAAAGUUUCAGUUGGAAACGCUGCAACAUGUGUUUGCUACUGGGGCACUAGCAAAUGAGGUUUGGGGGCUUUUUGGGCAGUCGUUAGGCUUUGCAACUCCUUCAGUUGCUUCUGUGUACUUUUUGGCCAUGGCAAGGUUACCACUUCAAUGGGCGAAAAUUCUGGACUCGCUGUCUGGGGUUCGGAGGUCCUUAGUUUCCACUCUGGUGCGAUGGGUGUGUCCGUCGGACGGUUUCUUUAAGUUGAAUACGAAUGGUUGCUCUACUCUUCGAGGCGGGGGUGGUGGUGGAGUGUUUAGCGAUUCCUGUGAAAGGCUCAUUCUUGCUUUUGCUGAUUUCUUUGGUCCGUAUGUUAUGCCAGAGUAUUAUCAGUUCAAGCAUUGCUACAGGGAGGGGAAUGCUGUGACUGAUUCACUGGCUUCCUACGGUACUGCGUGUGGGUCCUUCGAGCUCUAUACUAGGGCUUCUCAAUUACCGUGUCGCACUAAAGGGUUACUGGCACUGGAUAUGCAGAAUUUUUUUAAUUUUCGCUUCUCAUUUCAGAGCAUGUCUCAAAGAGACUUGUGCAGAAUGCAAAGCCGUCAGACUUUAAAGAAGCCUCUUCCUGCCUAUAAGCUUUUGCCACAGCCAGCUCCUCUGCCUCAAUGA